UGACCCGGGCGUUGGGCGGAGAGCGAGCCCCACGCAUUCAGCUCGGAGAAGCCAUGGCGGCGGCGCGGUGCAUGCGGCUGCUGCUGAGACCGCGGCGCUACCCGCUGCUGAGCUGCCCGCUGCGGACUUCUCCACGGUUGCUUUGCAUAGCAACACAACAGAAAAGCACUGGACAGAACUUGGAAGAUGACCAGAGUCAGAGCCAGAAUAAACCGAAGGCUGAACCAGUGUCUGCUGAGAAGAUAUUCAUUGAAGAAAAAGCCAAAUUGGAAGAACAACUAAAAGAAAUGACUGACAAGUACAAGCGAGCCCUGGCAGAUACAGAAAACUUGAGGCAAAGAAGCCAGAAAUUGGUAGAAGAGGCAAAGUUGUAUGGGAUUCAGAGCUUCUGCAAGGACUUACUAGAAGUUGCUGACAUUUUGGAAAAAGCAACUGAGAGUGUUCCAAAAGAGGAACUCAAGGAUGAAAACCCUCAUCUGAAGAACCUGUAUGAUGGUCUUGUCAUGACAGAAGUACAGAUUCAAAAAGUUUUCAAAAAGCACGGCCUGCUCAAACUGAAUCCUGUUGGAGCCAAGUUUGAUCCCUAUGAACAUGAAGCUUUGUUCCAUGCUCCCAUGGAAGGGAAGGAGCCUGGUACUAUUGCAUUAGUAUCCAAGGUUGGCUAUAAGCUGCAUGGGCGUACCUUGAGGCCUGCCUUGGUGGGAGUUGUCAAAGAAUCUUAGUGGCCCAAUUUAUAAGAAUUAAAAAUGCCAUACAACUGUUAAAUGGCUGACUAGUUUUCCUCUUCAAAUGUGCUUUUUUUUCCAUUCCCACACUCUGUGGAAGGCUUAAAUUAAUCAGUGAAAAUGAAGCAAAUGCUGCAAUGGCCUUUCUUCAUGGACCAUAAAUAAUUUGAUGGACCUCCAGAGUGCAUUUUUUGUAUUGUCAGCUCUGCUUAAGUGCAAAAUACAAGAGCCCUUAAACCAUCUGUAUUUUGGAUAACAUUUUAUCUGUAAUAAUCCUGGCUACUGAAGGUAUGUUAAGUUGAAAGGUACAAAAUAUAUCCACAGGAAACUGCAUGGUAACAGUUGGAUCACUAUUUAGAAUGAAGAACCCUUUGACUUUGUGUCCUUUUGUGUUGCAUUUCCUAGUAUCACUGUGAAGCAGUACAUGUAAUUAGUUGUCUUUAAAUGCCCACACCAGCUUUCACAAAGCAGACACACUCAUCAGCUGCUUGCUCACUUGGUGGAUUGCUGUUUCUAUGACAUGUCUGUUUCCUGGAAUAGGGCCUUUCUCUGAACAGGAAAAGUUUCAACACUUGUGUGAUUCCUGAUCUGGGCUUAAGAGGUUGUAAAUAAAUAAAAUACAGGGGGGGA